AUGGCCACCGCCACCUCCAACGCAGGGACUGGUACAGGCUCAUCAGCCUUACCCAUGCCCGAACCCACGGUACCACGCCGACCCUUGUCGUCAUUCAAGCUUCUAUCAUUCGACAUCUACGGCACGCUGAUCGACUGGGAACGCGGCAUCCUCGACCGACUCGAGCCGUUGGUGGCGAGGAUCCCGGCCGACGCACCCGCGCAUAUCGCACAAUACCGAAAGGGAAAUGAAACCGAAACCGACAGUCAUAGUGAGCGCCGACUCAAACUCGCCUCGAAAUUCAACGAGGUCGAAGCUGCUCUGCAGACCGAACGGCCUGGGACGCGAUACUCGGAGAUCCUGGAGGCGGCGUAUCUACGACUUGCGCGGGAAUUGGGGAUCGUGGCUGUUGACCUCGAUGCCGACGAAGGAAGCAAGGUGAAGAACGACCAAAUCAAACAAGAAGCCCGAUCCUUCGGAGCCAGCAUCGGCUCGUGGCCCGCCUUCCCCGACACGGUGGCAGCAAUGCGCCGACUGAGGAAACACUACCAGUUCCUGGUUCCCGUGAGCAACGUCGACCGGGCCAGUUUCGCCGCGACGCGCGCGGGCCCGCUGAACGGGGUGGAUUUCUUCACCGUCUACACGGCCGAAGACAUCGGCAGCUACAAGCCGGACCUGCGCAACUUCGCGUAUUUGAUCAGCCAUGCCGAGCAGGACGCCGGCGUGGCCAAACACGAGAUCCUGCAGGUCGCCCAGAGUCUGUUCCACGACCACGCUCCGGCCAAGAAGGUCGGCUUGUCCAGUGUUUGGAUCAAUCGUUCCAAUGCCGGCAUGGGCAGCGGCGGCGGUGUUCGGGAAUUGCAUCAGACUGGCCAGGUGGGCUAUGGUUGGCGCUUUGAUACUUUGGCUGACUUUGCAGACGAGGUGGAGAGGGAGCUGGCAGAGGAGGCGAAGAAGUAA